AUGCCUCGGGGGCCGGCCAUGCGGCGGGACCUGGAGAAGCUGGCGCUGGAGUACAUCGUGCCCUGCCUGCACCAGCUGGGCUUCUGCUACCUGGAUAACUUCCUGGGCGAGCGGGUGGGCGACUGCGUGCUGGAGCGCGUGAAGCAGCUGCACGGCGGCGGCCAGCUGCACGACGGCCGCCUCGCCGGGCCCCAGGCCGGGGUCUCCCGGAGGCACCUGCGCGGGGACCAGAUCGCCUGGCUCGGGGGCACCGAGGAGGGCUGCGAGCCCAUCAGCUUCCUCCUCGCCCUCCUCGACCGCCUGGUCCUCUGCUGCGGCGCCCGCCUGGGGAACUACUACGUCAAGGAGCGCUCCAAGGCAAUGGUAGCUUGUUAUCCAGGGAACGGAACCGGUUACGUCAGACAUGUGGACAACCCCAAUGGUGAUGGGCGCUGUAUUACCUGCAUCUACUACCUGAAUAAGAACUGGGAUUCCAAGCUGCAUGGCGGGGUCUUGCGGAUAUUCCCAGAAGGAAAGUCUUACAUAGCAGACGUGGAGCCGAUCUUUGAUAGACUACUCUUCUUCUGGUCAGAUCGCAGGAACCCACAUGAAGUACAACCAUCCUAUGCAACCAGGUAUGCCAUGACCGUGUGGUACUUUGAUGCUGAAGAAAGAGCAGAAGCCAAAAAAAAGUUCAGGAAUUUAGCAGGGAAGAAAGAAGCUGCCCUCAAUGAACACUAAACACCAGUCUGCCGACAUUUCCUCUGAACCUGAAUUCUCCGCAAGUGAUGCGAUCCAAAGAUGACCUCUCCAGUGGCUAAUUGGGAGAUGAAUGUUCUUCCCACCCACCAGAAUGCACUGUUUGCCAGUCUCUCUUGCCUGUGGUACUCGGAGCAGCCUCUUACCAGGCCUGCAUCCAUCUCCAGAAACCGGACUUGAUUUUUCUUUGUGUGGGAAGGGGACCUUACUUGGGUUUGCUAAAUCUAGAGUAGGGUCUAGCCCCUGGCUGGCUAGCAGCUUAAUUGCUGGCUUUGGGUAACAUCAGUCAUAAAGGUAAUGAGCAUUAGAAAGGUAUUAAGGGAGGGAUGGAUCUCGUUUGCACUUUAUAUAAGCUGCCUAGCUUGAAAGGAAGAAGCUUUGCAGAGACAAAUCGGGUAACAGGUGGCUCAUGUAGGCGACGCAAGGCAUUGGCAAUGAAGCUCCCAAGUCUUCCCAGAGCAGUUUUUGGACUGACUUAAGGCCCAGCCGUUGGCUUACCGUUCCAGAAAUGUAGCUUAGCUUCAUGUGUGGUUACCUUUGAGGGGACUGUUCUUUACCUGGUUAUUGACUUGCCUGUUAACCAUGUUUGAUGGAUGCCUCAGAUAACAGCUGUUUGGAAGUUCAGCCCCCUCCAAGCCCUAGAACUGAAUGAAGACUCCGAGGCGAAGGGAGCCCGACUCAUUCCCCAUACAAGUCUCCUCCCCUGGAGAGACUGGUUCUACCAAGUGGAGCUGGUUCUGUUCCCCAUACAGCUGCACGUCCUGUCUGGAAUCCAAACUGAAAUGUACUAUCUGCCCGGCCGCUGUGGAAAUCAAGCCUGGAACUGGUCAGCCUGAGUCUCUGAUGGUGGCCACACCCCCUUGAUUGCAAACUUGCAUCUCUUUGGAAUUUUUUUUUUUUGAGGUAAGGAAAAAGGAAACACUACUAAGUGGGAUAUCCUCACUUUCGUUUCCUUUUUUUAUGAGCUCUCCCUCUCUUCACCUGCUACAUCAGAAAAGGCAUGGCAGGCUAAAGAGGAGGAGAAGUGGGCUUUUCAUUAAAAAUAGAAAAUGGAAAUUUUAAAAAAAUCCUUAAAGUUGGCAUCACUUAACGGCCUCUGUUCUGACCGCUUUUAUUCCCACAAUCGGCAUUUCUUCAACGAUCUGCUCCCUUGGCUCUGUCCCGUUGCAGUUGGCAGCAUUACAAGGGUUUCACGUUCACUCGGCUGGAAUCGUGCAGCCGUUUCUACCACUGUAUUAUUCGACUCACUGUCCUUCCCGGGCUUCCGGGUUUCCUAUGCCACCUGCUUUAGCUGCCAAAGAGGAAUCUUGCUUUGGAGUACUCACCUGCAGUGUGUUGUGGGAAGGAGGCAGGAAACUUUGUGAACAUGCUUCAUUGCGUAGGGGCUUUCAUCUUUCCCUCUGUGCAUCUUGAAAGCCCCAGCACUGCCUUCCCCUCACAGACCCAUGGAAAGCUGGCCUUUAUUAAUCUUCUUUCUCUCCCAGCCUCCUUCUCUUUUCCCUGGUUUAAGGCGGGAAGAAGCUUACUGGGAUCGAACACAUUCAGAGCUCUCCACCUAUCUGUGCUAGGUAGAAUUUUAGGAUCUUUCCGGCUGGUGUGGUCUGAUAACUUGCUUGAGGGAGAGGUGGAGGGUCCCAGAGUCACUGCACUCAGGCUGGGCCGAGGGCCAGCACAAAGCUGCAUCUCUAACCCAAAACUCUCACCUGCCUAAUUCUGCCCUGAAAAGCAGGAACUAAAUAAGGUGGCUGACUAGCAGUCAUAAGUUUCCCCCCAACCCAAGCAGUUCUCCAGGGCUAAUAACUGACUGGUUACUCAUUUAUCAACUUGAGGAGUAGAACACCUGUCAAACUUUAACCAGCCCCUUUAAGACUUCCUGCAGAUGUCUGUGAUGGCAGUAGGAAGCAGUAGCUUGAAGCAUUUAUAGUAGCAUCUAAGGUGACUCUUCGCUUUUUAUUAAAAAUGUUACUUGCUCAUGAUCUGAUAUUUUUUUUGAGGAUGGGGCAGGCCCUUUUGCAAACCCUUCUGCAGAAAGGUACCAUAUAAAUACAAUCAAAUAAUACUAAGUCUUGACAAAUUGGCAUGACCAAAUUAAACCCCCGAAAGUCCAGCCGGAAUAGGGAGAAGAUGGAGCCAGGCCCCCAGUGACUGCUCUUUGGUGUCUAUCAAACUCCGAGAACUCUGUCUACUGAGAGGAAGGGGUCAGUAAUCUUAUCAACUGCAUUUAUCCUCUUGGCAAUGCCAUGUUGGCACCCCUUUAAAAUUAUAUCAUCUACAGCUGGGCACAGUGCUCAGCAGGAUUGAAUUGUGACCCAAGAUCCAAUUGCACUGAGGUAGGAAAAUGAAUUUAAAGGUACAGGUAGACAUUAUUUCUACAAAUACAUACAGAGCUGCCAGUGAACCAUAGGUCAGGUUUGAACAAAAAUCGUUCCAGUGCUGUGUUUUACCUUUUUAAAAAGAAAAAUAGAAUCAAUGUCAGAACUGCCCCUGUCACAAAGAAGUCUUUUCUUCUGAUCCUGUAGCUGAAAAAAACUGUUUCCUGGAUGCCUGUUAGAAAAGGAGACUAGGGGAUGACCAGACUUGGUAGCAGUGCUUGGAAAAUCGCUCACUUUGGGAAUUUUAGGUACUUUUUUUAUUGCUUUCACACUGAAAUGGUUGAAUGUGGUGGUGAAUGGGGUGUGGUAUAUGCAUCUCUUGAAAAAUAAAGUCAUUGCUUUAGCUUUGCACUGUGUAAAGGAGAUGUCUGGCAAAGUCAGGAAUGGGUGGGAAACCUUUGCAAACUAUUUUAAUUUUUUUUCAUAUCAAUUGAAAUUGUUACCCAUCGCACGAUGGUAUUAAAGUGACUUUCCAGAGUUUUGAAACAUCCCUUCACGACGUACUGUACCCUGUACAACUUCCACAUGGCAGACGAUCUUGGGGAAAUGUACCUGCCUAUCAAAAAGCUGGAGUUCAGGGCUUAGUCUUGUUCCCAGCUGCUGUCUCUAUUGAAGGGACUCAGCUAAACAUCACAAGGGUAGCGAUGCUGCCCCAGAAAAGUCAUCUGAAUGUUAUUUAUGUCUUAAUGACAAUGUUGGAAGUGAGCAGAGCUUGCCUUCUGGUGGAAAAAGUAGGCUGCAGUUUCUCCAGUGGAUUUAAUUUUGAGUCCUACCAUGAGCACCAUCAUUUUGUUACACGUGUCUGCCGUCUGUCUUCUGCCUCCAUGUCAGUACAAACGAUGGGCCCCUGUAGUUCUGGCAGGGCACAGUUCUUUGCUCUGGGGACAUAUUUACCUUCCCUGCUUGAAUUUGGCUGUAACUGCAAUAGGGAUGAGAGAGGCCUGCCAAGGUCAUUAUUGAUGCCAAUAGUAUUGCUUUCAACUGAAGAGAAACCUGCCUAAGGGCAGGUGAAUGAAUUAAAAGACCACAGUCCCUUUCUAACCCUAUGAAGUGCUUCGCUGUCUGCUGAGCUAAAGACAAGGUGAAGAGGAGCAAGAAGUUUAUUUUUCAAAAGCACAAUCAAUUUAUUGGUUCCUUCCUGGAGAAUAUAUAUCCCUCUUGAUGACUCUGAUCCUGUGAGUGGGCUCUGAAAGUUUGCAAUAGCAUUGUUUGUCUCUUUCCUUUUUUGUGGUGUCUCUUCCAGUCUCACUGGGGCUCUUAAAAAGGUCCAGAGCUUUGGAUAAGGCUACCACUUACACCACUUGCAGUUAAAGCGUAUGAAACAGUUUGCAGGCAAAUCAUUAUUAAUUUACUUUGGCACUAAAGCAUUGUCAAAAUCUCUCAAGAUACUUUUGCGACUUCAAAGAACCAAAAUUUCUCCGCUUUCUGGGUUGUGUGCUGGUCAACAUGACCCACUUUCUAGACCGAAGCUGAAAUGUGUUCUUGUGUAUGUUCUCACUCAAAACUUUUUUGUGUUCUCGGAUUGAAAACGGUAAAUCAUGGGGGGGAGUCUUUCAGAUUACAGGAGUCAAUAAACACUGGGCUAUACCAAA